AUGCAAAUCAACGGUGAGAGCAAAAUACCCGUCUCACGGGUUCCGCGCCCCUCUUUUUUAUUGAAACCAAAGAUUAUUACGCCGUCAAAACACAGUACGGCUAUUUUAAAUGUAACACGUGAUAGAAAAUCAAUUAUUUCUGGAUGUUUUUCACCUCAUGAUUCUGAUGAAACUAUUGUUUUGAGAACACCAAGAACAUGGUCGAUCGAUAAGCAUAUUUACUCUUCAACGCCGCCUGAUACAGCAAAACUGCCUGACACUUCAUUUAAAUCAUCUGGGGUAUGGACUGCUGAUAGUAAUGUGCAACAUGAUUUAUCAUCACAACGAAAGGAUGAAAAGUAUUUCAAUAAUUUUUACGAUUCAUCGAGUAUGAUCGAUGAUAUUGGAAGUAGCUGUCUAAUUGACUCAUCAGUGAGUAGUAAUUUUGAUGUUAGUGGAUCAAGUUGCUUGAAUACACCACAGCAGUACCUAGUGUUGAAUAAGCAAAAUUCGUUCGAGCAUGACGAGAGCCUGGGAAUACUGACGCCUGACCAAAUGACCGACUUUACUAUUGCAUUGGGUUGCUCCCGGACCCCUUCAUACGAGAAUCUCACUGGUUCUAGAUUGGCUGGAACCUCUUCAUCAUCGUCACGUGCUUCCAGACCUACCAAUGUUCCAUUUGUGGUUGACGUAGACGCACCGGGUAAUUUUUGCGAACGUUCACCGUCACUGGAAGAAUUACCUCUUGAUGAUUCAAAACCACUUAAUAUAAAACUUUUAAUUGAUGACCAAACAGGAGGACCAAAUCAAGUUACAACAACAGCCGCAGCAACUGCAGGAAUUUCAGGUGUUGCAGUAUCUAAUGCUUCAUUGCCAAUGAGUUUUGUUACUUCGGUAACAAGUAUUACGAGUUUGGAAGCUGGUUAUCAAGGUGACGGUGAAAACUCUCGGCCAGCAAGUCGUGGACCAGAUCCACCAUUAGUUUUACCAGAUAACUUACCGGCUUCUUGUCGACUACAAGACCCUAUGACUGAUUCAGAUUUUUUUACCGAGAGUGACGCUGAUGCACAUGAAGAUAUUGGCAGAGGCGAUCGUCGUGCCCAAGUUAUUGAUGGUACACUUUUCUGUGCCCCAGCCGGCCGUCGAUGUCCAAGCUUUGCUGGCGAAGAAAUGGACUCAAGUGGAAUAUAUUCAGAUCUUGAUAAGCGACACGACGAACGCUAUAAUCUGGAAGAACCAUUGAGUGAAGAUCACACUCCAGAUACUGCUAAUACUGGUGAUACUCCCGAUACUCAAGUUUCUCCUAAAUCCCGUCUCUCACCGACUCUUAAGCCUGAAGUACCGCAGACUAUCUCCAAUUAUUUACAGGUACCAAAAAGCCCCGAAGACAUGGCAAUAGAAGCGACUCCAGAAAAGAAUGAAAUAACUGUGAUCCAUAUUGUUAAUGAUAGUGCUGAAAGGUCAUCAACGCCUAAAUUAUUAAAUAAAUCAGACCAAACAGGCCUGAAAAAAUAUAAAAUGCCAAAAAAAAAUGUGGCGUCGAAAAUAAAAGCCAUGAUUGAAUGUGGCGUGAAAGAAGAUGUUAAAGAGCAACGCCGUGUUUCAAGGACUCCAAGAAAAAGCGGUCGUUGGGACGCGGUAAUGAGUAAAAUCGAAGCAGGGAAAACUGAACAGCGAACGAGGCCACCGCGCAAGGAAGUGAAGUCUAGAAUCUUACAAAAUCUUGUAGCAACUUCUUCUUCCUCCUCGUCCUCCUCGUCUACUUCUUCAUCUUCCGCUGUCACCGUGGCUUCCGCUAAGCGCUUGCCCGGUGAUGCGAAUAAUAAUAGCAAUGCUAUUAAAGAUAAAAGGAGAUCAAGAAUACGUCAAAGUAAUGCUUCACCUACCCAAGAAACUGCUCGUAGCUCAGUCCGCAGUUCAAUGAGCGAUAUCAGCAGUGCUACAAGCAAGGGCACAGCAUCGAAACGAUCACCUGGUAAUAUUAAUCAACAGAGAAGAAUUGUUAAUGGUCGAGGCAGUCUUAAACAGAAUACACUCAAUAAUGAUUCGAAAAAAAAUUGCCUCUCUGAUUUAUCGCCUCUCAAUCUUGAUAAAAGCCCAACGCCAAUUCGUAAAUCAUCUUCAAUACGACGAGCAACAACUCUUACUAAUGGUGUGAGCACCAAUGAAAAACAGCAAAAUGGUUCCGGUUUGAUGAAAGAUCGUAUUAUUAAGGAAUUGGCUCCAAGGGCUACAAGCAUUGAAACUCGUCAUCAAGAAGCACAAACUACCGAUUUCGAUGGUGAUUUAAAACGUGCUGAUGAUUUUAUUCAAGGUUUAUGCAUAACCGUGCAGUAUGUAACCCGACAGUUUGAAGAUCACACAACGAUGACACAAACAAAAUUAUAUAAUCUGAAAAAUGCUUAUGGAAAUUUGGAGGAGACGCUUGAUAAGGAGAGACAAGACCAUGAAAAAGCAAUUGAUGAACUCCUGGAAGGAAUUUAUGAAGAACGUAUAAAAGACCUUGAAAGUACAUUGCAAGAAGAACGAGACGAAUUUCAAGUUCAACUUAAAACAUCAUUAGACAAAUUGGCACGAGAACACGAAGUAAUAAUAGAAAGAUUAAAAUCUGAGCAAGAGUUGGAAAUUAAGGCUAAAGAGAAUUAUUGGAGUAGCAAACAAGUAGCUUUAGAGUCAUUAGAUAAGAAAUCAGAAUUAGAAGCACUUAAAAAGGAUUAUGAAUCUUUGAAAUUGAGUUUUAAACCAGCUAUGUCAUUUAAAAAUGGCAUGAUCAAGAAAUUAAAAUCAGAAAUUGAGAAUUUGAAACGACAAGUUAAAGAUAAAAGUAAAUUAGAGAAGCGUGUGAGGGAAUUGGAAGAUCAAAUUGAACGGGAAUCAAAACUAUCUAAAGAUUUAAUUUACGCCGAUAGUUCGCCAUGUGAAAUUGAAAGUACGUCAUUAAGUAGUGAUCAGGUGGCUGUUCUUCGCGCUGAAAUUUGGUCAUUAAGAUCUGUUUUAGAAUUACGCAGUCAAGAAAAUUCCGCAAUGAGAAGUGAGAACGACAAGUUACGCCGUGACGUUGAGGGGAAAGAAGCUCUUGAGCAGCGCGUCGAAACUUUGGAAGCUAGAUGUGAAGAUUUGAAAGCACAAUUACAAAGUAAAGAAUCUUAUGAACGUCAAAUAGCUCAUGAAAAUGAAAUUUUAUUGGGUUCAUUUCAUGAAAUUUCAAAACAAAAUAAACGAGUGACACAAAAAAAUGAAGAACUACAAUGGAGAUUAAGACAAAAAAGUGAAGUAGUGAAUGUAUUGGCUAACCAAUUAGCAACACCAACACAGAGAUUAUCUAGAUCACUCGGUCCAGAGCACAUCGAUCAUUCUAUGUCGGGAGAAAAAAAUCCACCCGCUACCUCAAGUUCUAUGAUUAAAUUUAUGGUCCAUAAAGGUGAUUCAGUGUCAUGGACACUAGAAAUUGAUGAAUCUUGUGAUCCGUUACCAAAUGUUGAUCCAAGACCAGCUGUCUCACGGCAAAAUUCACUCAGAAGAGUUCCAAGAAAAUCGUUGGAUAUCAGAGAGCGAUCUAAAAGUGUCUCUACAUCAGAUGCUGGGACUAAUAAUAGCGAAUGGGCACCUAAUUACAAUUCUACGCCUCUUUGUGCACGCAGGCGACCACGAAGUGAUCCCUCGUCUAAUGCGAUAGUUGCUAAUCCACCGCUUGUUUCCACUAAUGAGUCUCAUACCGGCCCUAGACCGCAAGAAGCCGGUGGUGAAGCUAUGAUUUCCGAAGAAGCUUCUGCUACUAGUAGUGAAGAUGAAUCAUCAGCAAGUAGUGAUAUUCCACGACUACCCAUGGGCUUUGAUUGGAAUGAUUCGGUUGAAUAA